GUUCUUGGUUACCCUCAUCUUUCUUUGAGCUCUUCAUCUUUAUCUUCUCUUCUUUCUUGAUUUCUUCUGUGACUUCAAUUCAUAUAUUCUGUGUGACUUCAUUCAGCUUUGAUCACUAAUAUCUCAAGAAAGUUUCAGAGCAAUAAUCUUCUUACAGCUCUGAUCAGUGGUACUAAAGCUGCUAAUUAAUUGUGAAAACUGUUGGACGUAAGAGAAAGACUAAGGAACGUAACAGACAAUCAUAAUCUAUGGCUAUGCCAGAACGGAGAUAUGCAUUUGGGAGGGCGGAUGAAGCCACACACCCUGAUUCCAUGCGCGCCACCUUGUCUGAGCUUCUCUCCACCUUCAUCUUCGUCUUUGCCGGUGAAGGCACCGUUCUUGCUCUUGAUAAGUUGUACCCGGAGACGGCAUUAGGAGCAUCAAGACUGACAGCGAUAGCGCUGGCGCAUGCGUUAUCGUUCUUUGCAGCCGUAGCCUCAAGCCUGAAUGUUUCUGGAGGGCAUAUCAACCCAGCUGUUACCUUUGGUGCGCUUGUUGGGGGCAGGAUAUCCGUCGUUCGUGCUGUCUACUAUUGGUUAGCUCAGCUUGUAGGUGCUGUUGUAGCCUCUCUCUUGUUGAGGCUCGCUACUGAUGGCUUGCGACCACUGGGAUUCUCAGUGGCAGCCGGAGUUGGCAACUUGAAUGCACUUGUGAUGGAGAUAGUUAUGACGUUCGGACUAGUCUACACAGUGUAUGCAACUGCCAUUGAUCCAAGGAGGGGUAGCUUGCACACCAUUGCCCCUCUUGCCAUUGCUUUCAUUGUGGGGGCAAAUGUCCUGGUGGGAGGGCCUUUUGAGGGAGGAUCCAUGAACCCUGCAAGGGCAUUUGGGCCUGCUCUCGUCGGCUGGAGGUGGAGGAACCACUGGAUUUACUGGUUGGGCCCUUUUGUGGGUGCAGCCCUGGCUGGACUUAUCUACGAGUAUGGGAUCAUACAGCAUGAGGCCGUUCCGCGCCCGACCACCCAUCAGCCAUUGGCACCAGAAGAUUACUAAAUGCACUUCGAUAGCAGUCUUCCAUUUGUGAAUAAGAGAGGAUUGUGCUUAAAAAACUGAAACUUUUAUGUGAAGUUUGUACUCCAGUCUAUGGUUGCUUUUUAAUUCCCUUUUCUAAUGUUUUCUGCGUUGGAUACUUCUUUAUGUAGUUGCAUUUUGUAAGUUCUCCAAAAUAAAGACAAUGAUCCCAGUAAUAGCUUUAAAAGGUACUUUUAUCCCCGA